AUGUGCACCUGCCAGCUGGCGGGGCGAUGCAGGGACUGGAGAGUGGACCGGGAGGACACACUCUCCGACAAUCGAUGCAUUAGAAUUAGCAUUAAGGGCUGUGUCAAACUACAGCAAGACCGCCUGCGCAGAAACCCAAGGCCCACCGACUGGGAGUCCUUUGAGAGGAUCCCGGAGGAAAGGCUCAGGGUAGGACGCCUAAGGCCCUGCAGAGAGGACAGGUUGGAGGACGAGGUUGAGAGAAUUCACCUUGUCCUAACCGAGCAGUCCAGGAGACUCGGGAACCGAGCGCACAAAUCCAAGAGAGCCGAAGACUGGACUCUGUACAGAAAUGUGCAGAGGGAGUACAAGAGGCUAAUAAAGCAAUCAAAGGAGCUCACCUGGAGAACAAACUGUGAAGAACUGGAGGCACUUUCACGCAUCUCCAGCCUUCGCAGGGUUUUCUCGGGGGGCCCUGCACAAGGGCUGGGUGGAAUCACGCUGACAAGCAGAGAGACCAUCACAGAACCGCGAGAGGUCCUUGAACAUCUGGUUCGCGCGCACUUUCCGGACUCCACUAUAGAGCACCCGGGAGAGUGCCCUGAGGCGGACUGGACGCGAACAGGAGGCGGCGAUCCCGACUGGGAGCUAGCCGCAAGAAUAGUAAGGUUGGACAGGCUGCGGUGGGCGGUGGACUCCUUCGAAAUGUACAAGAGUCCGGGUCCAGAUGGGAUACAUCCGGCCCUCUUGCGAAGAGGGGGUUCAUUGCUCCUGGGCUGA